CAGUCAGCGAACAUUAGGCCACAGUCAAGCACGCAUCCAAUAUUGCAGGUAGUUCGUACAGCUUCUUCGUUCACAAGCAAUUGCACGGUAGUUUUUGGAUAGUGAAUCCUGCGGACGCAUAUGCAAGUGCAUUUCCGCCCGAGUGUGCAGUGAUCGCAACGCAGCUCAUCGUCUUGUGGUUGUGCGGUAGUGCUCGAGUGCACGUUAUCGUUGGCAGCGAACAAUCAAGCAGCUUUCGUUAAAUUGUAACCGAAACCGCGAGACCGAACGCGUGAGUGAGCUUUGUCGUACCGAACGCCUACCGAUGGCUCACAGAAGUUCCGCCAAGCUGAUGCUGGCACUGGUAUCGUUGUUUUGCGUACUGCAGAUGCUAGAAUGUGGAGUAGUGGACAGACAACCACGAGCAUACAAACAGUACAACACCGAACCACAGAAGAGACCGUUCUGCAACGCCUUCACCGGUUGUGGCAAGAAGCGAUCGUCCGCAUCGAGUCCACCGAGUGCUGCAGCAGCAGCAGCCGCAGCGGCCCUGCUACAGCGCCACAUGCAGAACGUGGAAGCGAAUCGAAAGGAUCGGCUGAGCAGUGAUUUCGACCCGAACGAGGAAUCGAUCAGCAGUCUGCUCGAUCUCAACACGGAACCGGCCGUCGAGGAUCUGCUGCGACAGAUCAUGUCCGAGGCGAAACUUUGGGAAGCGAUCCAGGAAGCGAAUCGGGAGAUUUACCUCCAGAAGUCGGGCGUCAAGGAGCAGCGUAACGAUUUCCCGCUAACGUUCAGCACGCAGUAAGCUGAAGGUUGCAACAAAAAAAAAAAAACACUCACAAAACUGCAAGCAAAAGGCAACAUCCACAUGAUCGGUUACCAAGCAAACAAUAUUUCUACUUUCUUGGUGUAUAAAUAGUUCAUACUGCAAUUCGGGCGUUACUGCCGAACACACUUUUAUCACUGCAGGCUAGGGAAACGGACCAUUAUGCUCCACGGUUGAACACUGUUACUACUCCUUAUUGUCGGCGUGCCCCGGCAACUCCGGCACCUACCGGGCGGUGGCGUCCUGGUGGAACACGAAUGUUUCUUGCAAUGUUUAGAUCGUUACUAGUCUUAAGAAAGCAAAAAGCCUAAACCAAGCCAAUCCUAACAAUGUAAAUGAAGGGCGAUGAAGGACCUAAGACGCUGGUGUGUUGUGUAAAUCUGGUACAGCGACUUCAUUUAACUGCAAGUGUUCUGCAAUGCAAUAAAGUAAAACGCGAGAGUAAAUCUGAAAA